ACACAGGAAGUAUUGAUUGUGUUAAUAGCCUAUCCCUGCUGUAGGCAUCAAAGAGCAUAUCUUUCAGGUAAUUGCUUGUUGACUGUGCUGGUGAUGAGGAUGUUAAUGAUCAUCAUUUUCAUUGGCUGAUUCUCUAUUGAACUGCAGUGUUCUAUUGUGGCCUUGAUUUUCUGUUUAGUAGCAUUUUCUUAAGUUGUGAAAAUAUUUUCUCACUCUCAAACUUGAAUAUUUUACAGUUACAGGGCCUACAGAGUGAGAAAAUGCUAUGAGGUGAUUGGCUAGAACUACCACCUUCACCUCCCCCCUGCCACAAACCCCCCCAAAAACCAGGAGAACAGAUGUUCAGCUGAAAAUAAUAUUAACAGACAAAGCAAUGGGACAUAAACAUCAUAAAAGCAGACAAGGGAUAUGAAUUUAUUCCCCUCGUCAUUGCUAACAUAUUACAUGCCAGAUUACAUUAUGUGGAUAUCGUGACAAGGAAUAUCUCUCUAAAUGCAAGUGAUCCCCAACUGUUGGCCCCAAUCCAUUGUAGCCAUACCACCACCUCCCACUGCAGAAUUGUGCAAGUGGGAGAAUCGUUUCAGUUUACCUGCACUGUUAAAAAGCUGUGAACCAGAAAAAGGUGAUCUUUAG